AUGGCUCCAACGUUACAACAGUGCCCCGUCUGCUUUAACCACUACAGAAGCACUCCAGUCGGGAAGUUAUGUCGGCACGGAGGUAAAGUGAAAGGACAGGAAUGCUCGGGGUCCCGGAAAAAAGUUAAUCCAUCGGGCGCGAGGGCUGCUUCGCCUUUCGGUGCCGCACCCGACCCCAAGCCUAGGCUGUCCACACGGUCGACGGCCGCAUCGGUCUCCAGUGAUCCUCUCGACCUGGAUUACUCUGGUGUUUUUGACAAGCUGACGGCCGUGCUGAAAUGUGUACCGGUGUACGACCAUAUCCCUAAGCCAUGCAAGAAGAAGUUCGCACAUGAUCUGAACGCCUUGCUGACGGCUGUUUGUAAUGACCCUGCCCAUGAUGUCUUGACUAUUAUCCGCAAUGCCCUCAGUUUGCCCAAAUUGAUGUACUUCCUGCGUACAUCCAAACACAUUGAUCCUUCUAAAUUGGGCGAAUUUGACAGAGCCCUGCGCACCGCCCUGUCGUCGAUUUGCACUGUUCAAAUGACCGACAUUCUCAAGGGACCAUUCGGCAUUUAUGCGCAUGAUGGUAGGCGCCCAGACGGAUGCACACUAAUACCUUGGAGAGCCGGUAGGUGUUUGGCGUGGGAUGUUACGGUUCCUGGCACCCUUGCCGAACGAUAUGUAAACCGGACAAGUAAAGAAUGCGGUUUGGCCGCGGCCAGGGCAGCGGACGAGAAAAUGAAAAAAUAUGGGAACGCCCUCCCCUCGAUGGAAUUCUUGCCAAUAUGUAUCGAGGUUCUCGGCCCGAUGGACCCCAACACCCUUAAAUUUCUUAAGGCAAUAUGUAAAAUGAUCAGCAUCAGAUCAGGCGACAGCAGGGAACUGUUUUUCGCAACUAACCACAUUUCGUGCUUGUUGCAGCGGUUCCUGCGUUUCUGUUCUUGA